ACACGACGUUGAUUCGUAGUUGUCCAGUUUGGUGCUAGCAGUACUUAUUGUGCCAAAUUCAUCUCAUCCCAUAUUGAAACCCCGACCGCAUGGCAUUUUGGUAUAUAUAGGAACCCGGAAUUACACAAACAAGGAUACAAGGGGAAAAGCAUAACGCCAAACUAAGAGUAAAGGAAAGGAAAACCACAAACAAAGGAACAAGAUGGCGCCCUCCGUCGUUGAGGCACCUGCAGCAUCCCCCGUUCCCCAAAAGCAGGGCCACGCCGAUGACGCCAACCCUACUCAGAGCAAUGAGCACGGACAAGUAAUCGAGCAAGUUCAGAUGAACAACCGGACAGUCGCGGGCAAACAGCUCCGUAUCAGAACCUAUCCCAAGUUCGACACCCUCGAAGACGAGCGUCUAUAUCGCAAGCAGCAUCUAGCAGCUGCAUUUCGAGUAUUCGCAGAUCGCGGUUUCGACGAGGGUGUGGCAGGGCAUAUUUCAGUGCGAGAUCCAAUACUGACGGAUCAUUUUUGGUUGAAUCCGCUUUCACAGCACUUUUCUCAAAUAUGCGUCUCUGAUCUCAUUUUGGUCAACGAAGACGGAGAGGUUGUCAUCGGCGAUGAGCCCAUCAACUCGGCAGCAUUCUCUAUCCACUCCGAGAUCCAUAAGGCGCGGCCAAAUGUCAAUGCUGCCUGUCACGCCCACAGUGUGCAUGGAAAGGCAUUUUCGGUGUUUGGAAGGGAGUUGGAUAUGAUGACACAAGAUGCUCUCCGCUUCUAUAAAUCCCACGCAGUGUACGACAAUUUUGGCGGCGUAGUGCUCGAUCGAGAGGAGGGAAUUCGUAUUGCGAAGGCGUUGGGUGACGGGAAGGCCGUGAUUUUGCAGAAUCACGGGCUGUUGACUGUUGGAGAGAGUGUGGAUGAGGCGGCAUUUUGGUUCAUCAGCUUGGAUAAAACUUGCCACGCACAAUUGUUGGCAGAUGCGGCGGCAAAUGGAUCUGGGUAUAAGAAGAUCAUGAUCAAUAAAGAGGAGGCUGAAAUUACAGCAAAACAAGUCGGGGGGCCAGAGAAAGGUUGGCUGGCGUUCCAAGGAUACUAUGAUGAGCAGAUCGCAAAAACGAACGGUGCAUUCUUGAAGUAAGCACCUUUGUACACCGGUCGCGCGAAUGGAAAAACCAUCAACCCCUAUUGUGCAUAAGCAUAUCAUAGUACACGAUGACUGAUGAAUUAAACAAUGCUCCUGGCUCCCGUAACUUGGACCCCAGAAAAAAGUAAAAUCUGCGGGGGUACUAUUGUAAAGAAUUCCCACAGUCUUAUUUAGGUUUUGUGCUGUUGACAGUUAAACAGACGCAAUUCAUAUCCCAUAAAUGGCGGAAAGCCAGAUGCCCAAAAAUUCAUAAACAGGUUAAGAAUCCUGUUUCUGCACAAGUUGGUCAAUAAGCAGUUAUACAUCGGAUCCACAUGUCUCCAGGCUCCGAGCACCGCUGGUAAAAUCAAUCCUAAAUGUCUAGAAACUAUGAACCGAAUAAAUACCGGCUAGCCUCUUUAUAUAUUAUUAUCAAUGUUUAAGGGAAUCCGCCCCGCAGCAAUGAAAAAAAAUGGAAGUGCUCAAGUUUCACAAGACCCAGCAUUAAGCUGUUAGAGGUCGCCCAAUUCGGCAAUUGGAUAUUUGGGUUGGCGGGACUGAUCCGAGUCGACAGGGCUGUAUUUCUUCACGCUGUCGGGAGUAGAUGAACGAAUGGACGAUAUGGUAUGCCUCUUUAGGUUAUAGCUGGUUGUUGGAAGUGGCCGUGCGAGGGGAAAUUCGGAUGGUUGCUGCGGCAUGGCGUUUGAU